GUCAUAUUCCUUUUUGGUGGUUGACUUCCUAUCUUAUUUGUUCCACGUAAUAAUCCAUCAUUAAUCCUUAAAUCUCAAUUGAUCUACUGUUUUUGUAUAUCAGAACUAAAUUUAGCCUAAUAAUUUUAUCUAAGUAGUAGUCGUCUACAACUUUUAAUGCAUUUAACAAGAAUAUAGAACAUAGAGAUGUAUGAAGACAGAACAUAGGACUCACAAAGGCUGAUAGUAUACAUGCUCAUAUAAUUACUGUCAGCCAUUAAGAGAAUGAUAUGCAUGAAAACUUGUAAACAUUUUUAAAUUGACUUUCAUAGAAGUCAAUAGGACCACAUACCUCAUAUACCCUGUGCAAAGCUAAUGCAAAUUUACUAAAAACCACUUGCUCCACUUGCUGCAUAGUGCCUCCCUGUCAUAGUUUUUGUCUUCUGCGAAAUUUGUUGAAAAUUUCCUUUUGGUUCCUGCCAAUAUCCAAUACUUGACUACUUAUAUUUGACAAAGUCACUAAGACUUUGUAAGCACCAUUUCUUGCAUAUAUACAUACUACCAUUGUUUAUAUUCAGAAGUUUCACUAAAAAAAGUUUUUUUCUUACAAACAUUGUCUAUAUUUGGUCUUCAUUCAUAUGAGAUAUAUCAAACCAUAAUAUUGAGUUAGGAAAAAGAAUGUAUUUGGCUUUGGUGUGAAAAAGCAAACAGAGUCAACGAAACAAACAUGGACAGUUAGUGACGAAGAUGUUCACUACAAGUCGCCAAAUACGCCCAGAUCUGAACAAGAAUGGCAGAGGUAGUUUCUUCUGCUAUUGGAUUAUUGUAUCCACUGAUACAUGCAGAGGUGUCUUUAAUCUAUGGUCUGCGAGGUGAAGUAGCUGCUAUACAUGAUGAGCUGAGCAGCAUCAAAAUUUUACUUAAGAAUGCAGAAGAGAGAGCAGAUGAAGAUGACUCAGUGAAAGAGUGGGUGAGACAAGUAAGAAUGUUGGCUCAUGAAAUAGAAGAUGUCAUUGAAGAAUAUAAUCUAUUAUCAAAAGGAAAUGAAUUUUUUGGUAAGGUCAAGAAGAUCGUGCCACUUAACAAACGAACAAUUGCCAAAACCAUUGAGUCAUUGCGCAAAAAGGCAGUUGAUAUUGGUCAGAGGAAGACAAACUAUAGGUUCGAUAGUGUCAUCCAGCAAGCCGGACAUUUUUGUAACUUUGAAGGCAGUACACAUCAAUCAACAAUACUAUCCGUGGGUAUGAUUGAGGAAUCUGAAUUGGUGGGUGCUGAGACUGCCAAAGAAGAUUUAAUUGGUUUGCUAGGUUUGCAGGAGUUUGAGGAUUCAAGAAUCUCUACAAUAGCAGUGACUGGUAUGAGAGGCCUUGGAAAGACAACAGUUGUUGGUAGUGUUUAUAAUGAUGAACUGGUGAGAGACUACUUUCCCAUUCGUGCAUGGGUCCCUGUAUCCCGACCAUAUAACCAUGUUGGCAUACUAAGGAGCAUGUUAAAGCAGUUCUAUGAAUCCCCUAGUGAGAUUGAGCAAUUUGGGGAAAGCAGUUAUGACAGUGAUGCAAGCAACUCAACAAUUUACCCUAUUCUUGAAGGAAUUAACUCCAUGGAAGAAAGAUCCUUGCUGUGUCGAUUAAAAAAGUUUUUGUCAGAGAAGAGGUACUUGGUUGUUUUUGAUGACGUCCAAGAUGAAGAGUUGGCCACUUAUGUCAAAAUGGCAUUACCAUUCUAUGAUAAUAAAGCUAGCAAAAUACUAAUCACCACACGCUAUGAAAAUGUGGCCCGUACAUGGGCUGAAGGGUCUAACCAGGGUCUAUACAAACUCAAGCCCUUGCCAUCAGUGGAAGCAUGGAAGCUGUUUUGCAAGAGGGCAUUCAGAAACAAUCAAGGAAAUAGUUAUCCAUUUUUGGAUGGCCGAGCACAGGAGAUCGUCAAAAGAUGUCAAGGAAUGCCACUCAUUAUUUCGGAAAUGGGGCGCUUUCUAUCUACCAAGUUAGAUAACUUGGAAGUAUGGAAGAAGAAGAGUGAAAGCCCUGGGUUUUGCCUACGACAAGAUCAUCCAGGAAUUUACAAACACUUAAUCCGCAGCAGCUAUCAUGAUUUGCCUCAUUACCUGAAGCCUUGCCUUUUGUACUUUGGUCUAUUUCCAGAAGGUUGUCUCAUUGGGCAGGCGAGAAUCAUUCGAUUAUGGAUAGCAGAAGGUUUUAUCAUUGUUGAAGGAGGAAAUGGAGUAUCUGCCAACCUAACACCAGAAGAACUUGCAGAAAAGUACAUAAAACAACUUGUUGACAUGAAUUUGGUUAAAGAAUGCACUGAUGCUACUGGAAGAUCUAAAAACUUACAAGUCCCCAUAAUAUUGCAUGAGAUUAUCCUUUCCAAGAUAACAGAGUUGGGAUUUUGUCAAACUCUUUCAGAGAAGAAUAAUUCCACCAGUACUGAAGAAUUUGUAAAGCCUCGCCGCUUAUCCAUUCACAUGGACCAUAGCUUUCAUGAUGCAGAUCAUCAAGUCAUACAGAAUAUUACCAAAACCAAGUCCAGCAUUCGGUCUCUCCUUUAUGCAAAAAUGUAUGUACAGCCUGCGGUGUCAACAAAUUUAUUUUCGAAAAACUUUCUUCUAUUGAAAGUUCUCGACUUUAGUAAUGCUCUCAUAUAUAAUCUUCCUAACGAAGUGGGGGAGCUACUUAACUUGCAUUAUUUAUGCUUGAGAAAUACGCAAGUGAGUAGACUUCCAAGCUCCUUAGGUAAGCUUGAAUAUCUCCAAACAUUGGAUUUGAAACAUACAUUAAUUUCUGAGCUUCCUUCUGAUCUUAACAAACUCCGCAAGCUACGCCAUCUACUUACAUAUUCCUAUAAGUAUGAUCCUGCUUAUAGCCUCCACACCCAGAAAUUGACAGGAGUGAAAUUACCAGAAAAAGCUUUGGAGAAAUGUGGGGAAUUGCAGAAGCUAGCAUUUGUUGAUGUGGGGCAUAGAAGUAUGGUGGUCAAGGAGCUACGAAAUCUGAGGCAAUUGAGAAGACUAGGAAUCACGGAGCUCAAGUUUGAAGACGGGAAAGAUCUUUGUGCAGCAAUUGAAGAGAUGCAAUGCCUUCAGACAUUCAGUGUAUACUCGAAAAACUUGAGUGAAUUCAUUGAUCUAGAUCAUUUUCAAUCGCCUCAGUUGGCACUAAAAUGCCUCUACCUGAAUGGACCUUUGAAGUCUUGUUGCACUGGCUGGAUCUUAGAGCUUCAUAGUCUAGUGAAAAUCCGCCUGAGGUGGUCACGUUUAGAGGUUGACCCUCUUCCUCUUUUAGAAACAUUGCCAAAUCUAGUGGAACUUCAAAUGUUAGAAGCAUAUAAUGGUGACAACUUAAUAUUUGUAAAUGGAGGGUUCAAGAAGCUUAAGAUAUUGCAUCUUCUUGAUCUGCGUAAUCUUAAGUCCUUGUCUAUCUGCAAAGGUGCGCUGCCACUUCUUCAGCUAAUGGCUAUCGGUGAAAGCCCAAAACUUCAGGUGCCACUGGGAAUCAAGCAUCUCUCGAAGCUGGAAACACUCAAUUUAUUUAAUAUGCCACUUGAUUUUGCUGAUAGCCUUCAUCGCAACAGGAAGUAUCAUUUCAUAGUCAAGCAUGUGCCUAAUGUCUUACUUCAAAAGAGAGACGACCAAGGAAACUGGCAAACUUUCUCCCUCCAAUGAUCAAGUCAUGCAGAAGCAGAAUGCAGGCAGUCAAAGCUGAGUCGCUGAUAAAGGAUGCUUUCCCUUGGCAUAAGAACAGCGAGCUAGCAGCAACAUCAAUAACAUUGCCCAUUGUUAAUUGGUAUCAGUUAUAUAGUUCUGUUUAAACUUGAUCCAUCAGUAGUGUACCUCUGAAUUGUAAAUCUCAUUUGUUUUGAAUAUUAUUCUUCCUUGGAUUUCUUGUACCAGCAUUUGAAUCUUCUGAAACUUUGCCAACAGCAGAAUUUACCUCA